AUGCUGGUGAAGGCCCGUCGACAUGGAGGUGAAGGUCAUGGUCUGUGGGAGCAUUUGAAGAAAAGAACGUUUCUGGACAAGAGUGAUUUUGGUUAUUUCCUCCCUGUUUUUACUAUCGAGGGAACAGCCUCCGUGGUCCUGGCAGGCCUCCUGGCGGCACUCAAGGUGGUUGGCGGGACGCUUGCAGACCACACUUACCUGUUCCUCGGUGCCGGCGAGGCCGGGACUGGCAUUGCCGAGCUCAUUGCUCUCGAGAUGUCAAAACAGACUGGGUCUCCGAUCGAGGAGGGACGCCCGAAGAUCUGGCUGAUGGACUCCAAGGGCCUGAUCGUGGCGUCGCGGAUAGACUCGUUGCAGGCGUUCAAGAAGCCGUGGGCGCACGAGCCCGAGCCCGUGGCGACGCUGCUGGAGGCGGUGCAGUCGCUGAAGCCGACGGUGCUGAUCAGCACCUCGGGCAAGGGCUGCAUGUACACCUCCACCUACCGCAGCUACCGGUAA